UAGAACGUGGAUUCUGUGAUUAUUUUAAUUGUGGGUCCCACUUUAAGGCUGCCAAUCACUGUACAUGUAACAUUCUUCUCUGUAUUUACCCAUUUGGCCGCCAAUCUGACCAUUCUCUUUCUUUCCAUAACAAUGGAGCUCUCAACUUUCCAUCCCUCUACUUGGAACUCUCUCCUUCCUUCCCCUCAUCUAUUUCCUUAUCAUUUCGUCCCUCAAAACCACGUCCACUGGACCGAAACUCCCGAAUCUCACAUCUUCUCUGCCGAUCUCCCAGGUGUGAAGAAAGAGGAAAUUCGAGUGGAAGUUGAGGAUUCAAGAUACCUGAUAAUAAGAACAGAGGCUGCAUCAACAGAGCCUAUUCGGAGCUUCAGUAGGAAAUUCAGGCUUCCGGGUCGGAUCGAUGUUAAUGGGAUCUCUGCCGGGUAUGAAAAUGGAGUGUUGGCAGUAACAGUGCCUAGAUCUUAUGUGAGGAGGGGAUUCUUUAUUGACCCAGAUGAUAAGCCUCAAGGGAUCCAUGUUCUCGCAAGGGCGGCUUGAAAUAUGGCAACUUUUAUUAGACAUUCUUACUAAUUAUUAUGUAUUCGUCGUGCUUCAUUUGAUUACGGAAAAUGCCGAACAAAGGAUAACACCACACUCACUGUCAAUGUGUGAUAACCAUCAUUUAUUGAUAAUAUGUCUAUAUCUAUUGGUGAAA